CUUAUUCCGCGAGGCUUACAUAUUCUGUCAUCUUUUCGAAUCCUUCGACCUUUUGAGUGUUACUUCGCGUGAGCGGUCUCAAAGUUUGAGGCCUUUGCCAUGAUCCUUUGUUUCAGGGUGGAAAUAGGGCGUUCAAAUUCCUCAAGGAUUUCGACAGAAGUAUAAACUGUCUACUGGUGAAUAUCAUGUCGUCUACACGCCACAAUGUCAAGGACCUUGUGCGGAGGCUUAACGUACUCUCCGAUAUUCCCGAGGAAGGACUCAACGCCAACAGGCUAUCAGCCUUGAGAUCUUCCAGUGGGAAGUCAGAAAAUAAAGAGUCUUUUACGGCAAAGACAUCGGAAGUUUUGGAUGCGUCAAAAGAGCAAGAAUUUAGUGCAGCCAAGGUCUCAAACAAAACCAGCACUUUAGUCAAUUCUCCAGGGGAACGCGGUAUUCUUUUGAUUCCCGAUGAAGUGACUGCGCCGACCAGCUUCGGCCCGAACAAUGAAUACAAGGCGGUUCCAUCUGUCAUCGAAUACUCUACUGCUAAGGGGAGAGCACGAGUUUCUAUCCGAGAGGCUACCCCUGAAGAAGCACGCGAAUGUGCAGGCACUGCAGUCCCGAUCAUCUCAGAGGUUCCAGAUUUUUCAUACUCACCUCACCCCGAUGGCGCCCUACAGGCUAGCGCAGUCCAACUAAUCGCCCCGCCCGCGAACUUCAAGCCGAUCGAUGUGCGUGGUGAGAAGGGAAACCGAGUGUCAACGGCGUCGACAGCAACAUCUAUCCGGACAUCGGCUAGUUCUGCAGUAGAACAGCCGGCCCAGGGGGUGACAAUCACUGAGACAGAGCAAGUGGCCCCUGAUAAUGCCUCCGAGACUGCUACACUCAGCCCACCAGGGCCAGCUCCCACGUUGAUUCCUACGAAGUAUGCAGAAUCAUGCUACUCUGGAAAACCACCCUCCACCGCUGGAACAUGGCCGACGCGGCAACCAAGCAAUUCAUCUAUGCGGUCCCGUCAAUACUACGCGCCUAACAUGAAAAGGUGUAGCACAGCCCAUUCAACGCCCGGGUCCAUGGACACUUCUCAGUCGCGAUUCUCAUGGGAUUUGUCCAAGCUUGAUCGCACCAAGAACUGGUUUACGCGAUGGUUUGUUGAGUGGUGGCUGUUGGAGAUUAUCAGCUGGGGUUUUGGCGCAAUUUGCAUGAUGAUCAUCGUGAUUAUGCUUUCGAAAGUGGACGGAAAGUCAAUACCGAGCUGGGACCUGAGUAUCUCUAUCAACGCCUUUAUCUCUAUAUUCUCGGGCUUUGCGAAGUCAGCACUCCUGCUACCCACUGCUGAGGCACUGGGGCAGUUGAAGUGGACUUGGUUCAGGAAGGAAAGGAAGAUGAUUGAUUUUGAAGUCAUGGAUGCUGCCAGUCGAGGUGCACUUGGUUCGAUGAUUCUGCUCUCCAAGACUAAGGGAAUCACCCUCGCGUCUGUUGGUGCUGCCAUCAUCCUGCUUUCCGUACCCACAGAUCUAUUUUUCCAGCAAAUCAUUAGCUAUCCCACCGUUGCUAUUAUCGACAAAGGUGCUAACGUAACUCUCGAUCGCGCCGUGAUCUACGACCCCAGCGAGGAGCUGAUGUAUGAAGGCGACACCGCAAUCACACCAUGGGAUGGUGCCAUGAAUUCAUUGGUCUAUCCGUACUGGCUUGGCUCUGGGAUUCCCUGGGAUAUCACCGCCAACUGCCCAACGGGUAACUGCACCUUCGACCCAUUUCACACGCUUGCAGUUGAUUUUCAGUGUAAGACCAUGCCAAGUGAUUACUUGGAGUUUGACUGUAAGAACACUUCGGGAGAGUGGCUUUCUACGGCGCAAUACCAAGGACCACGUAAAAAUCCCAAUGUAACUUCCUGCGGGUACUACUUGAACAUGCCGAAUAAUGUACCCCAGCUCAUGUCUGGAUACGAGGUAACGUCAAACGGGUCCGUUGGUGAGAUUCUUGCCACGAGAUUCUUUUCACUUUCGGAUAUUCUCACCCACGAGAUAUUCCUUGGUGGCUCUGUGAAUUUUCCGGAAGUGCAGCGUCCCAUCGUCGACUUUAUCCUUGCGACUACUCCUGGAGAGUUUAUCGGGGCAGUCAACAAUGCGACACCUGUUGUGACUGAGUGUGAGAUACAUUGGGUUGUAAAGAAGCUUCAAGCCACAGUGGUCAGCGGCAACCUUUUCGAGGAGGCGAUCGAAACACUGCAGUUCUCCAGCAACGGAUCUGAUCCCUGGAAUCCUGACAACCCGUUGAACUACAGGGCCAACUAUUCAAUGACACUCCCGGAUCAAUUCUCGGAUACCGGUUAUUCUACGUACGGAUUUAGCAACACGACCGCCAUGAAAGUGUGGGAAAUUUGGGCACAAAUUGCGCCGUCGACAUACACCCGUCCAGCAGCGAACAAUCCAAUCACGACAUCAGACGUACUCAAAAUAUUCUGGAUUUACAAUCCGCCACAUCUCCUCAAAGUCUACACGAGCAGCCUGCCUUGGGAUGCUCCAGCUAACGUCACUGACCAUAUGGCAAAAGCGGUCUCGGUCAUGAAUCAAAUCGUGCGCAGAAACGCAAACUCUCAGAGUCACAGGCACGAUUUUGCAACGGGCACGGCAAUCAAAUACAUUGUUAUUGUAAAGGUUCGAUGGGAGUGGAUUACGCUCCCACUUCUCCUUCUGGUCAUCGCUCUUCUUUUCUUAAUCGCUACCAUCAUACGCAGUUCGAAGAACAAAGACCAGAUUGGAAUCUGGAAGACUUCAGCUUUAGCCAUUCUCUUCAAUGGCCUCGGCGAGGACGUGAGCAAAUUCGUCGGAGAAGGAAGGAAAGAUAUGGGCUAUACUCGAGAGAAGGCAAAUGCUUUGAAGGUUCAACUUGAGGGUGAUUAAGGCAAACUUAUCGUGUUAUACCCCGGAAAUUGGCGUACGGAGCUACUUCACCUGUAGGACAUAUUAAAACAAACUCAGGACCGGACAUCUCCUUGUAUACUAUUAGAAGGGUGCAAUUCCCAAUGAAGCGAC